AUGACAAUGUCCUCUCUGGAGAUCAAGCCGCACCUGCACCUGGCCCUGCCGAAAGUGGCAGAUGGUUGGGCUCAGGCCUCGGACAAGGCCCUGAUCGCCUGGAUCGUGGCUGUGGCCGGCCUCAUCUAUACAAUGGUAUACAGAUACACCAACAGCAACACCCACACCCACACCCACACCCACACCCACACCCACUCGCACACCCACUCGCACACGCACGCGCCCCCCAAUCCACGGCCAGCCCAAGUGCCCUUUGUCGGACUGGAGGUCGGGUCCCUGGCAGCACGCAAGAGGAAAUACGUCUCAGACGCCAACGCGCUGCUCAGUGAAGGGUACCGGAAGUUCAGGAACGGCAUCUUCCAAAUCAGCACGACCGAAGGCACGCGCAUCAUCGCAGGCCAAAAGUUCUACCCGGACCUGGUGGACUUCAAGGACGACGAGCUCAGCUUCAAGGGGUCGAUCGCCGACCUGUUCGCCACGCACUACACGGGGUGGUUGAUCUCGGACGAGCUGAAAGAGCUGGCCAUCAACCGCGACCUCACGCCCGGCCUGGCUCGGCUGACGGGCAAGCUGGAGCAGGAGAUCGACCCGUGUGACGACUGGACGCCGGUGCACAUGUGCCGGGCGACGCAGAACAUGAUCGCGGCCGCCACCGCGCGCUGCUUCGUCGGGCCCGACCUGUGCCGCGACCGGGACUGGCUGCGCAUCUCGGUCGACUACUGGAUGGAUGCGUUUGCCGCGGCCAAGGCCAUCAAGGUCUGGCCCGUGUGGUUGCGCCCGCUGGCGGCGCGGUUUAUGCCUCAGACGGCGCGCAUGCGAGCCACGCGGGCGGAAGCUGAGAGGUUGGUGGUGCCGGUUCUGCAGAAGCGGCUGAAGAUGAAGAGCGAGAGCAAGAGAAAGAGCGAGAGCAAGAGAAAGAGCAAGAGCGGUGACAAUGACGAUGAUGGUGACACCGGCCACGGUGUCGGUGUCGGUCUCGCGGACGUUGAGAGACAAAGACAACAACAGAAACCCGACGACAUGAUGCAGUGGAUGAUGGACCGGCUCGGCGACCAGGCUGGCACGCCGGAAAACCUGCGGCAUCAGGCCCAGCUGCAGUUGGCGCUCGCCAUGGGCGCCAUCCAUUCCACCAACUUCACCAUGCUGCACGAAAUGUUCGAUCUGGCCGCCUACCCGCACCUGCACGAGCCGCUGCGCACCGAGUUCGACGAGGCCAUGGCCAAGUCGGGGUCCAAGGGGUUGACCAAGGGGGUGUUGAGCCAGCUGGUCAUGCUGGACAGUUUCAUGAAGGAGUCUCAGCGGUAUAAUCCGCCGGGCCUGACCAAUGGCCGUCCCAAAACCCUCAAAGACCUCACCCUCCACGACGGCACCGUCCUACCCGCCGGGUCGAACAUCGAACUGCCCGCCGGCAGCGUCAAUCGCGACCCCGCCAUCUACCCGGACCCUGACAACUACGACGCCUUCCGGUUCUACAAGCUGCGGCAGCAGGGGGCGGCGGCGGCCGCGGACAAGGACAAGGACACCGACAAUCAAGACGGCAAGGGCAAAGACACCGACAAUCAUGACGGCAAGGGCAAAUAUACCGGAACCAACACCAACACCAACACCAACACUGACCCAUCUGGAGCCAAGUACACAUUCGUGGCGUCCAACAAGAACAGUCUCAACUGGGGCAUGGGCCGCCACGCCUGUCCAGGCCGGUUCUUUGCCGCCGACGAAACAAAGGUCAUCUUGAGCAAGAUCUUGCACAUGUACGAUUUGAAGCUGGCUGAUGGAGAGACUGGCCGGUAUGCCAAUACUUCGUUUGAGACGAUGGUGAGUUGUCUGUUCUUUCCAUUUAUUCCUGUGUCGUUCCCUGACAAGCUGAACUCUGAACUCUGA